AUGUUUGACUGCAUGAAGAGAUCUGCAGGCAAAGCCCAGAGUUUGAAGUUGUCUCUGGAGCGGUGGAACUAUGAGUGUGACAUGGCAUGUCUAGGUGGCUAUGUGCUGCACGAGAUGCAGCAGCAUCGCAAUGAGGAGAACUUACAUGUUUUUCCUGCAGAGACGAUUGCACUGCUGAUGUCUCGGUUCAUCGAAGGGGACUACCACGAGGAGCUGAAGCCUUUGGUGGAAUCAGGAGACCCAUGCUUCAAGGCAGACCAAUGCACCAUGUGGAUCGAGAACGUGAAAUGCCUCCACAGCGAGGAAGACGCAACAGCUAUGGCGGAUGACAAGAUCACUGCAUUGACUGCAGACCACACCAAAUUGCAGUUCGAGGCGGACGCCCUGUCGCUGGCUAGGGAUGCAGCUCAGUUGGCCAGGCUCUUCAAUGAGGAAUCCAAAUCAGAGAGGGCGAUGCGAGUGGCAAAGGUGUGCCACCUUAGACAGGAGAACCAGAUUGGUUCUGCCCUUACUUCUAAGCAUAUGCAAGGAUGCUGCCACCAUCUCGCUGGAUCCAUGUCUGAACUGCAGGAAGAGUUGACCAAGUUCAUGGUGAAGAGCAAGGACGAGAACAUGUGUCUGAUCAUUUGGAUCGACUUCAUGAAGCUGGGAAGAGUCACCAAUGCAUGUCUCAACAACGUGGUCGAACUGGCCAAACGCGCUCUCGCCUCUUCUCCUGAGAAGGCAGUUGCUUUUGCAAUAGCGCCUCAGUUGGCUUCAGAUCGAAGAGGUGGCAUGCGAGCUGAGCGUGUGGAAGACAAGCUGGAUGCCAAAUCGCUACAUGCGGAGAACAUCAGCCUUCACAUGGAGGUGGACUGGAAGAAGGGCGGGAAGAUGAUGGGCAAAGUGAGACCCUACGAUCCAGUCCCGCCACCACAAGAGAAAGUGACUACAUCGGAUUUCCCACUCAAGCUCGCCAAAAUGACAGUGGAUGGGUCGAAAAAAGGCAUCGAGAAGUAUGUCAUCACCCUGUCGAACGAAAUCAGGAGUAUGCAUCUGGACCAUCCUGUGCAUGGAGGUGUAUGGCGGGACCUGAUCGUUGACUUCGACAAGAAGUUUUGUGCAGCCUGCACACCUCUCACAGAUACGCAAAUUGUGCCUGUGGAAGAAGAAGAGCCAGAGCCAACACCAUUCACCUCAGAGCCCACAAACAUCGAGGAUCUUCAAGCGAAGUACCUUGUGGAGAACAAAAUGCCUGGUCGAGUGCCGGGAUCUACGUUGUUCUUGACCACUGCUGUUCAGCGGAAUGGGGAGAAAGUGGAAAUGGUUGAAGGUCAAAGCUUCAAGCUUUGGUUGGUUGCCCACCAAGACAUCGAGAUUGACUCUCAGGAGUUCCAGCUUGCUCAUGGAAAAUCGACCUGGCUGAAGCCCGAUCGCAUCCAGAAGCUGCUGCGUGAAAACACAGGAGCAGGUGAAGGCGGGCCUACUGAGAGGAAACCUUGCUUCCUAAAUCCAUGA